AAUCUUCCACUUGUGUCUGGCCCUAAUGUGAAGAACUUGCCUUCUCUGUCUGAUGGCCCCAAACGGAUCCCGGUGACACAACAGCAGCAGCAGAAACAGAUGACCCAGGUGAAGCAGCCUGCUACCGCCCUUGCUGCAAAGAGAGUGCCUUGUUCCUCUAAUGUUCCGCAGAGAGUGCUAUCUCAGAAACCACUUGUAAACAAUCAAAAGCAAGUAAGCCCCCAGACAACCAAUCAGGCUCCACUUAAGCCUGUGCAGCAAGUGCAGACUGCAUCCCGCACACAGCCAGCGAAUGAAAACAGAGACCCGGCUUUAUCAAAUAGUUCUACAGCUGCCCCCCCUGCAGAAAGGAAAGUUGUUGUCGAUUCAAGCCUAUCAGUAUCCUCCACUACUACUAUGUCUAAUGUUCCAUGUAAGAAGAAGCAGUGGUCUCUGGAGGACUUUGAGAUAGGCCGUCCUUUAGGUAAAGGAAAGUUUGGCAAUGUGUACCUGGCCCGGGAGAAGCAAAGUAAAUUCAUCUUGGCACUGAAGGUUCUCUUUAAAACUCAGCUGGAAAAAGCCAACGUUGAGCAUCAGCUGCGCCGGGAGGUGGAGAUUCAGUCACACUUGAGGCACCCCAACAUUCUACGGCUAUAUGGCUAUUUUCAUGAUGCCACUAGAGUCUACCUUAUCUUGGACUAUGCUCCCCGGGGGGAGCUCUUCCGGGAGCUGCAACGGUGUACGCGGUUCGAUGAUCAGCGAACUGCUACUUACAUAACAGAACUGGCUGAUGCUCUACUGUAUUGCCAUACCAAGAAGGUGAUUCAUCGGGACAUCAAGCCUGAAAAUCUGCUCCUUGGUGCCAACGGGGAACUUAAAAUAGCAGAUUUUGGCUGGUCUGUGCAUGCCCCGUCAUCUCGGAGGACCACGUUGUGUGGCACACUGGACUAUUUACCCCCAGAGAUGAUUGAGGGACGAAUGCAUGAUGAGAAGGUGGACCUGUGGAGCCUUGGUGUUCUGUGCUAUGAAUUUCUUGUGGGGAUACCUCCAUUUGAGACAAAAACCCACCAGGAAACCUAUCGAAGGAUCUCUAAGGUGGAUUUCCACUUUCCCCCAUACGUGUCAGAGGGAGCAAGGGAUCUCAUCUCCAAACUGUUGAAGCAUAACCCAGACCAGAGGAUGCCACUGAAAGAUGUCCUUGAACACCCAUGGGUGGUCCAAAACUCUACCAAACGACCAACAAAGGCUGGCAGUAGCACAGCGAAAACCCUAUGACAAACAGCCGAGACCUCUGUGUUGCGAUACUGC